GUCCCAUUGAUUGCCAAUUUUUUUGUGAUAUUUAGACUGAAGCUAGCUCCCCCACUAGCAGUGGACCUGAGUUAGAUACUGGUUCUACUACUGAGGAUCUACCCCUGGAUAAUAAACAUACUAUGGCAGAGCUUGGUGAGAAAAUGAACGCUGCUUCUAACUAUGUUGGAAGCUUCUUCCAGGCUUCCUCUUGGUACUCGAGCAGCUCAAAGCAAGAGUCCACCAAGGAGGAGAGCAGCCAGGGUAGCAGCAGCAAGGAGAAGGAGGAGAAAGGGAACAGCUCAUCCACCUUCUCUUCAGCUUUCUUUAACACAUUAGGAAAAGUUGGUGUGGGUUCUAAAUCAGAGGGAGAAGUGAAGGAAGGAGAAGAGGAGAAGGUGAAUGAUGAAGGGAAGGUGAAGGAGGAUGGGAAGGUGAAGGAUGGAAACUCUGGAGGACUUGGAUACCUCAGCUCUGCAUUCAGUAAAAUUGGAUUAUCUGGUUUAACUGGAUCCAGCUCUUUUGAGAAGAUAGAAGAAGAGAAAGAGAAGACCGAGGACAAAGAGAAAGAAGAAGAAACUGAUUUCUUCUCUAAUGCAUUCUCUAAGGUUGGAAAGGCUGCCUCAAGCUACACUAAGGUGCUCCAGGACACUGUUUCUAAAGCUCCAAUGCUUUCUGACUUUAACCAGGAGCAGGAGAACUUUAUCAAAUCAAAGGGAGAUAAAGAUAUGCCUACUGCACCAUGGUCAGGCUAUCAGAAUGAAGAUGAACUUAAAGAGAAGAUUCUAGCUUUGUCACUAGACCAGAGAAAUUUUCUGAGAGCACCGCCCAGUGGAGUAGAGUUUGAUAUGGAGAGCGCUGGUGUAUCCGCCCACGCAUUGGUUCUACUUAAGGAGGAUGUAAGAUUAGAAAAAAUUAGAUAUGAACUUGUCCCCAAAAAAAUCAAGGAGGAAGAGUUCUGGAGAAAUUAUUUCUAUAGAGUUGGAGUUAUCAAACAAUCAUUUGAGCUUAAUAACAUGACAAACAUUAACCAGGAUGUGAAAGCAGGCGAAGAAAGGUCUAAACCAGUUGAAGAUGAUACUGAAGGACCAUCUAAUCCUGAACAUGAUGAUGAAUUUGUUUCUGAUUCUCAUCAAGUAUCCUCUAAGGAUCUUGCAGAGGCUGAUGAGGCAAUGAAGAAACUUGGACUGGGAAAGGAUGACUCUGAAUGGGAAGCUGAGCUAGAAGGUGAACUAGAUGGAGAACUAGAAUACGAGAUGGUUCAAGGAGAUGGUCAACUUGAUAAUCCAGAGUGGGAGGAACAGAUACAGGUAUAGAUAAGACAUAAGAUACAAU